UACAAUUAUAAUUUGAACUCUUGGAGCCCUGGCGCGGUUCAUUUCCGAGCAGAACCUGCUGAUUGAUUUUGUCCACUGCCAUGGCAUAAACCCUAGAAACAGUAACCAGAGGGUUUAUGCAAAUGUGACAAAACCAACUUGGGUUUUCUCUGCACACCAAAUUUUCAAGUUCAGAUUUCUUCUUCUUCUUCUUCAUCUUGUUGUGAGCAUCAAAUUUCACUAUAUCAUGAGACUCCUCAGAACCAUCUUCAUCCAACACAAGCACCACCUCCUCCACCCCAAACGCUGCAUUUCAUCUCUCUUUUCCCACCCCUUUUCUUCAACCAGCGACGCCGACAAUAAGGGCACCGGUUGGAGCAGUUACGGCGGCAUUUUUGACCCCCCAGUUGCGCAGCAAAGACCAAAUGAUCACAGUGACGCCAAAGUUGGAAAGCCAACCCCAAGUGAUCACAGUGACACUGAAGUAGAAGACAUUCCGCGGGAGAAUCCAACCCCAACUGGGAGGGUGAAGAAGGUGCAGGGUGGAGGAGGAGUGGGGAGGAAAUCUGGGAAGGUGAAAACUCAGUGGGUUUGUAUUAACUGUGGCCAUGAAGCAGGGCAAUGGUGGGGGACUUGCGCCUCGUGCGACAUGGUUGGCACUAUGAAAGUGUUUCAUGAGCCCAAGUUAGGUGAUGCUGAUGACAAGGCUAGAAAUUGGUUAGCUGAUGUUGUGGGCUCGUGGCUCCCGCAGAGACCGGAUCAGUUGCGGCCCAUGAAAUUAGGCGAGGUUAACCGAGGAUUUAAUCAGCAGGAUUGGAGAAUUCCUUUGUCUGGUCCUUUUGGAGAUGAAGUUUCCAGAGUGCUUGGUGGUGGUCUUGUACCAGGCUCUUUGACUUUAGUUAGCGGUGAUCCUGGUGUUGGGAAGAGUACAUUGUUGUUGCAGGUGGCAGCAAUGAUAGCAGAUGGGCACAAGGGUGGUGAAGCUUCUCCAGUUGUAUAUGUCUCUGGUGAAGAGAGCCUUCAGCAAAUUGGCCACAGAGCAGAUCGCCUUGGGAUUAAAUCUGAUAUUUAUUUAUAUUCCAGUACUGAUAUUGAGGAUCUAUUGAAGAAAGCACAGUCUCUUUCCCCGCGUGCUCUGGUUGUUGAUUCAAUACAAACUGUUUAUUCGAAAGCAAUAGCAGCUAGUGCUGGAGGGCCUGUGCAGGUGAAGGAGUGUACUUGGGCUUUGAUGCGAUUUGCAAAAACAACAAACAUCCCAGUUCUUUUGAUUGGACAUGUGACAAAAUCUGGGGAUAUAGCGGGGCCUCGUCUCUUGGAGCAUAUUGUUGAUGUUGUUUUGUAUAUGGAAGGUGAGAGGUACACUACCUAUCGAAUGCUUCGGGCAGUAAAAAAUCGAUUUGGAUCCACUGAUGAGCUUGGAGUUUUUGAGAUGUCACAAUUAGGAUUCCGGGCGGUUUCAAAUGCCAGUGAAAUGUUUCUCACGGAACAAGACUCUGGUUCUGAUGUUUUAGCUGGGUUAGCUAUUACUGUAAUAAUGGAUGGUUCAAGAGCUUUCGUGAUUGAAAUUCAGGCACUUUGCCUUCCAAAAUCCUCUGUAUCAUCUCCACAGCUAGUUGGGAUCCAAACAAAUAGAGCUAAUAUGAUCAAAUGUGUUCUUAUAAAGCAAGCGGGUCUCCAUCUCCAAGAAAAUGUUUUGUUUUUAAAUGUUGUUGGUGGAAUGAAAUUGGAAGAGAGUGAGACUGCUGGAGAUCUUGCAAUAGCAGCUGCAAUUUGCAGCAGUUUCUUGGAGUUCCCUAUGCCAAAGGACAUUGCGUUCAUUGGUGAAAUUGGCCUUAGUGGAGAGCUUCGCACGGUUCCUAGAAUUGAGAAAAGGAUACACACAGUGGCAAAGCUGGGUUACAGAAUGUGUGUAGUGCCGAAGCAAGUUGAAAAAGUUUUAGGAACUGUAGGUAUAGAAAACAUGCAAGUUGUAUGUUGCAGGAAUCUGAAAGAGUUUAUUAACACUGUGUUCAGAUGAGAUAAUUAAAAGAAGCUCCAAGUGUUGUGUAAAUCUCUCUUUUUUGGUACCUAUGAUGUCAAAUUCCCCCCUUCAACAGGUUGUAAAUAUAGGUAAUCAUCAUGGCUUAAGUACUGCAUGAGAUGCAAUGGAUUUGGUUUUAUUGUGUCAAUUAA